AUGCUGGUGCACUUACGUCGGGGUGUGGCUCCGGCAUGCAGGCGGAUCUCGAUCCGGUUUGCCACUACCACGCAGGCUGCGCCGGCGACACCAUCCUGGGCAAAGCCGCUGUUAUGGGCUGGAGUCGCAACAUCGCAGGUGAGCCUCUUCUAUCUCUUCAGAGAUUUGGCAGAUCUGUCACAGUGGGUCAUGGAGCCACCACGGGCAAGCACCAUCUCCACUUGGAGGUCGCAGAAUCUAUACUCGGCCCUCACACUGGCGCCGAUGGGUUUGUGCGCCACCCUCAAGGUAUUUUACCCUCAUGUAUGCUCCUGGCGAAUGCUGCUGGCCAUCGGGGGCUGGACCGGUCUCCUCUACUUCUCCUCCGCCAUCAACCCCCACAUUAUGAUGCGCGCGAGGAACCAAGCGAAGGAUGCCGUCUUCUUGUCCCAAGACGAGGCAAAGAAGCUACUUCCAGGUGGGCUUGAGGAACCGUGCAUCAUCAUUGAGCGUGAUGGCAAGGCCGUUGCUUAUCCCGACACCCAGGUGCUGCGUCCUCACGUCGCAAGUGGAGGUGACCUCGGUGACGAUGUUGUGCUAACAUACUGCGGCCUGUCCAACCUCGGCAUCGCUUACACCCCCGAGUUGGGUGGUAAGCGCUUGGACCUCCAUCCGAUGACGCAGCUGGAGAACAACCUGGUCAUGUACGAUAAGAACAGCAUGGAGCCCGUGCAGCAGCUGUGGGGCACCACCGAGAACCGGAUGGAGUGCAAAUAUUGUGGGCUUGACAAGGUGGAGCGGAUGAAGGAAUGGCCUACUUACCGGCUCACGCUGAAAGACUUCUGCAACGCAUGGCCUGGUUCGAAGGUCUUUGUGAACGAUUAUUCCACCAAAGGUCUCAAGCCGAACUUCUCGGACAACCCUGUGCUAUACCUCUACGACCUCUUGAUGGACACGAUCUUCUCCCAAUCCAUCGUUUACCAGAAGACCAACGAGAAGCCGGUAUUUCCCACUCUGAAGAACUUCGACAGCCGACUUCCCAGCAAGGAACUGGUCUAUGUGGUUCCUUUGCAGGGCGAUGCCGUGGCGUAUUCCUCCGCUUUCCUUCAGGAGAAGAAGAUCGUGAAUGUGCAGAUCGGAGGUUCAAAGAUCGUAGUGGCCUACUUCCCGGAGUUCUGCGCCAUCGGGGCCUUCUACAACACCACAGGUCGUCCUGUGAAGACGCUGGAUUUCUAUGGGCGCAUGAGUGAUGGGAAGACUCUGCCCCGAGUGGAAACAUUUAAGGCUGGUGUUUUCUGGUGCGUGUGGAUGAACUGGUUCCCUCUGACCGACCUCAAUCGCAGCAGCUGA